AUGCUGUAGUUGCUGAACCUCUUGUUCAAUAGGGAAAGACACACGUUCGAGAACACCACUUCUCCAAACUGUUGGUGUUUUUGCCUGCCUGCACUAUUUGUACACGCUAGUCCUGCUUUGCAUGGCUGGGUUUAAUGGGAAUAGUGUGUGAUUAGUGUGUAGGACCGUUGCAUAGGAAAAGAGUGAAUGGGCGGCAGCUAAGGAUUGCAAAGACAAAACAGAAAGAGCUGUUUACAAAUUUUACCGAUUCUCCUAAAGAAGAAAGUAACCUUUAAGCGCAAUGUCCCUGAUGUUCUCACGUUCCAGCUCCACUGCUAUCGGCAAAAAGGACAAGAGACACAUGGCAGAGGUGAACGCUUCCCCCCUUAAGCACUUUGUCACGGCCAAGAAGAAGAUCAAUGGCAUCUUCGAGCAGCUGGCUGCCUAUAUCAAGGAGAGCUCAGCUUUCUUGGAAGAACCGUACAAGAAUGAAAAACUGGACCCUGUUACCACGGAGGAACAGGUGCUGGAAGUGAAGGGGUACCUGUCCAAGGUCGCUGGAAUCGGAGAGGUUUUGGCAAGAAGGCACAUGAAAGUAGCCUUCUUUGGCAGGACGAGCAAUGGGAAGAGUUGUGUGAUCAAUGCCAUGCUUUGGGAUAAAGUCCUGCCAUCUGGUAUUGGGCACACCACCAACUGCUUCCUGAGAGUGGAGGGUACUGAUGGAAACGAUUCCUACCUUCUCACUGAAGGCUCAGAGGAGAGAAAGAGCAUCAAAACAGUGAACCAUCUGGCUCACGCCCUCCAUCAGGAUGAAGACCUGGACGCAGGCAGCCUGGUGUGCGUCAUGUGGCCCAAAGCAAAGUGUGCCCUGCUCAGGGACGACCUGGUGCUGGUCGACAGUCCUGGUAUUGAUGUCACCACUGAGCUGGAUAGCUGGAUUGACAAGUUCUGCUUGGACGCUGAUGUCUUUGUGCUGGUGGCAAACUCCGAGUCGACUCUGAUGCAGACGGAGAAGCAGUUUUUCCACAAAGUGAACGAACGGCUGUCGACUCCAAACAUUUUCAUUUUGAACAACCGCUGGGAUGCCUCGGCCUCAGAGCCGGAGUACAUGGAGGAGGUGCGUCGGCAGCACAUGGAUCGUUGCACCAGCUUCCUGGUGGACGAGUUGAAAGUGGUGGACCGUGCCCAGGCCAGCGAUCGCAUUUUCUUUGUGUCUGCUAAGGAGGUGCUGCAGGCAAGGAUCCAGAAAGCUCAGGGAAUGCCUGAAGCAGGUGGUGCUCUGGCGGAAGGUUUUCAAGCAAGAAUGUUUGAGUUUCAGAACUUUGAGAGGAGGUUUGAGGAAUGCAUCUCCCAGUCGGCAGUAAAAACCAAAUUCGAACAGCACACAGUGAGAGCGAAGCAGAUUUCGGAAACGCUGCGGCUGAUCAUGGAUUCAGUUCACAUCGCUGCACAAGAUCAAAGGGUUCAUUGUAUGGAAACGAGGGAAGAGCGGCAAGACAGGAUGGAGUUUAUCGACAAACAGCUGGACCUGCUGACGCUGGACUGUAAGAAGAAGAUUAAGCAGAUCACAGAGGAGGUGGAGAAACAGGUCUCGAAUGGCAUGGCGGAGGAGAUCAGGAGGCUCCACGUUCUGGUGGAUGAAUUCCACGUGGACUUCCACACUUCCCAAGUGGUUCUCAAGGUUUAUAAGAAUGAGCUCCACAAGCACAUCGAGGAGGGUCUGGGAAGGAAUAUGUCUGAGCGAUGCUCCAAUGCCAUCACCACUGCUCUGCAGACAACACAAGCAGAAAUGAUAGAGGGGAUGAAGCCUCUUCUGCCUGCCCCAAUCCGGGAACAGGUGGACAUGCUGGUCCCCCGGCAGUGCUUCAGCCUCAGCUACGACCUGAACUGUGACAAGCUCUGCAGUGACUUCCAGGAGGACAUCAGCUUCCACUUUUCCCUGGGCUGGACCAUGCUGGUGAACCGUUUCCUGGGGCCGAAGAACACGCGGCGAGCGCUCAUGGGAUACAGCGACCAGGUGCCUCGGCCCCUAGCCAUCACCCCCGUGAGUACCAGCAUGCCUCCCUUCCCUCAAGGCUCGGUGACCCAAGAGGAGCUCAUGGUUUCCAUGGUCACUGGUCUAGCGUCUUUAACCUCCAGGACAUCGAUGGGCAUCGUUGUGGUUGGAGGAGUGGUCUGGAAGGCAGUGGGAUGGAGGCUGAUUGCCCUGUCUGUUGGCUUGUACGGUCUCUUGUACGUUUAUGAACGAAUGACGUGGACGACGAGAGCCAAGGAGAGAGCUUUCAAGAGGCAGUUUGUGGAGUACGCCAGUGAGAAGCUGCAGCUCCUUGUCAGCUACACCGGGUCAAACUGCAGCCACCAAGUCCAGCAGGAGCUGGGGGGCACAUUUGCCCAGCUCUGCCAGCAGGUAGAUGUGACCCGACAGAACCUGGAAGAUGAGAUCAAGGAAAUGAACGAGAAGAUUGAACUUCUAGACUCAUUGCAGAGCAAAGCCAAACUUCUUCGGAACAAAGCAGGCUGGCUGGACAGUGAACUCAACAUGUUCACUCAGCAGUACCUGCAACAGGGCAGGUGAGGCACUAAGGGGGGAAGACAGAGGUGCUGCAGAGAAACCAACAAUGUCUAUUCCUGGGCUAAUCGAGGAAAAACCCUGACCAUGAAUUCUUCAGAAACAGAUGAGAAGUAGCAGAAAUGUGUGUACACUGUAUAAGCUGUGUAAAUGAUUAACUUUCCUGCUUAGAUCAUUUAUAAGAUAUUCCUUCUGCACCUUAAUUUAUGCUUAAGGCAAUUUCAUUCAUGCUUUUAAAGAUAUAAUUUAUUUAACACCAAAUGUCCCAAGAGCUGUCAUAACAUAUGUCAAGUCUCUGAAGCAGUAAUUCAUUGCUAUGACUUUUGGUACUGUACCUAUAAUUUAUAAGUGUAAAAUGCCUUUUUUUAAAAUAUUAUAGCUCAUAUGUGCCACAUUAUGCAUAAGUGAUUUCUAUGUAGUACCACACAAUGGCAUUUGAAAGGGAGGGGUAACUGUGAUUAUUAUAACAUGCUGUUUAGAAGCAAAGCAAAUGACACAACUCGGUAGUGGGCUACUGUUUCCUAUGCAAUCCCAGACACUCAUCAGGGUUUUGCUGCGCAGUAAACUGCACUGUGUAUUGCAACACAAAUGCAUGUCCACUCUGCAAAGGGUUUAGCAAUAUAGCUGGCUGUUAGGCAUGUGACCUAGGAUACACUAUACCCUGUUAAUAAGCAGGUAAAUUAACUUUAAAAAUCAGAUAGGGCCGUAGAUCUUUACUGCACUGAAAAAAUAGCCAGCAAGGGCUGUUUGUGUAUAGUAUAUGUGGGAAUAACAUAUUAAGGAUUGAACUGAACAGGACCCUGAACAGCCUCUCUAUAGCAAGUCAGGAUACAAUGAGCUAAAGGGACGUGCAGUUUAUAUCUGGAAAUGUGAUCAUGCCAAGAAAAGUAACGCUACAUUUUUUAGUAAAAUCUAGUUUGUGUGGUUCUUGUCUUUUGGUCAGUUAUUUCAUAUGUUUUCCGCGAGAUCUACAAGGAAGAUGUAGGUAUUGUCCUAUUUGAAUAAUUGAAGAGUCAAAUUGAGAUCCGUCAUCUCGCCUGAGAAAGGGACGAUAGUGUCUCUCUUUGGAGUGUCGCGUAAGUGCUUUCGUCGUAUUUAACAGCAGAGAAACGUUGCCGCUGUUAUUAAAGGCAUUGAUUUAAGGAACACAGUAGAGUUGAAAUGCCUCCUUAUUAGAAUUUACACUAGAGACCAUUCGAUCAACUUGAAUUCUGUAUUGGAGAAGGCACGUUUUGAAGUCUGCAUGAUGCAGUGGUGGACAGAAGCACUGCUUCCUUGCUUUUGUAUCGAUAUACAGGUGGUGCCAAUUGAUUCGAAUAAACCUUCAGGAAAAAUGCACUUUUUAUGUUUUUGCUGCUUAAGUUAUUGUUUUUUUUUUGGUUGUUGUAACCAAGCUAAAGAAAGUGAAUAAUUUACUGCUUGUUGUAAUGUACUGAGUCACAUGUGGGUUUGAGGGGUCAGUAUGUUUUGAAUACAGCGUGCAUGUGGUUGUUAUUGCAGUACACGUUGGGUGCCCUCUGCAUUGUAAUGGAACAGUAAAAUUCAGACUAAAUUA